AGACUACAUUCGAAGUGUGUCCAAAUUAUUAGCUAUUAUUAUUCUGCAUUCAAGAAACAGAAAUGGAUUUUUGUUAGACAAGGAAGGUUCCUUAUUACAUAAAAAAUACUAAAAGAAGAAGAGUUUAGUUUAAUGAUGUAGAAGAGGUUAUUAAUUAUAAUUAUAUUUUCCGAUAUGUUUUCAAAAAAGAUAUUACGAUGUUGUUCGGUUCUUUCUAAAUCAAAGCAAUGUCAAUUUAACGCCAAUUUUCCUAAAUAUAUGAGACUUUCUGCAACCAGGUGUAACAAAGAGGAAGAGAAAAACCCCACAGCAUUAACGUUAAAAGAUUCUUUUGAAAAUAUACAAAAUAAAAACAAAAAUUCGUAUCUGGAAAUGGUAAAAAUUUUCAUAAAUAGGGAUCAUAUUUAUCGAAGAGGACACGUCGAGUUUAUUUAUUCAGCUCUAAAGAAUAUGGAGGAAUUUGGGGUUAAUAGAGAUUUAGAGGUGUAUAAAUCACUUAUCGAUAUUCUUCCCAAAGGAAAAUUUAUUCCCCAGAACAUAAUUCAAGCUGAAUUCAUGCAUUAUCCAAAACAACAACAAUGUAUUAUAGAUUUAUUAGAACAAAUGGAAGAUAAUGGUGUGAUGCCAGAUAUGGAAAUGGAAGAUAUGUUACUCAAUAUAUUUGGAAGAAGAGGUUAUCCGCUUAGAAAAUAUUGGAGAAUGAUGUACUGGAUGCCCAAGUUUAAAAACUUAUCUCCUUGGCCUGUUCCCGAUCCUCUACCUAAAGACACAUUUGAUUUAGCAAAAUAUGCUAUCGAAAGGAUUAGUAGUGUUGAUGUGAAUUCUGUUGUGAGUGUUUAUCAGACUUCAGAAAUCCCCGAUUCAAUUGAUGAUACAUGGAUUGUUAGUGCACAGAGUAAAACUCAAAGGCGGUUACUGAAUGAGCAUCAAUUAGAUAAACCAAUUUUUGUAGAAGGUUCUUUUAAAGUUUGGAUAAAAGGUAAUCCAAUAAACUACUUCAUCUUAAGAGGAGAAGCAAAACCUAUAAUAGAACAAGAUAAAAAUCCUGAUGACGUGAGUGAUUUGAACGUGUCUUUAUUCACAUUGAAGCCUCCAGUUGCAAAACAUGUUAAAGUGAUACCUUCUGUUCAUGAACAAGAUGAUGGAGUGAUAUUUUCAGUAUGUGCGACCGGUACCUCCAGUAAGGACUCAUUAUUAUCUUGGAUUAGACAUUUAGAAAAAGAUGGUUAUCCCAACUUAGGAAAAGUGCCUGUUGUGUUUAAAUUAAGAUCAGCUAGUAAAGAAGUUACAAAUUUAGAAAUAGAUGAACAAAAUAAAGUGGAAACAAAGAAAUUAGAAGAAACGUGAGGUAAAGAACAUUGAAAAUGGAGCAUUGUUGAAGUAAAAUGUUUUUGCAACUGGUAAUAUGAAUUGUAAAAUGUUUUUGUUAUUUCUUAUGUAAUGAAAUAUAUAAUUUAAAUAAACAUAUUGAAAUGUGAGCUUA